GAGUCCUCUCCCUGGUUUAGUAGGUUAAGAAGAGGCUGGCAGUCCUGGAGCCUGGUAUAUCUUGUUGAUUGUUAUUUUGUUGGUUAGUCUGGACCACAAAGAUUGUACAUUCUUCAGUAUGUAUAGCUUUGUGGGCCUUCGAUGGGGCCUGCUCUUAAUUCUUGCUGUACUCUGUGCCUCUACUGCGGCUCAAUCAAGUGAUUCAUCAAGUGAUGGGUCAUCGUCUUCAUCCUCUCUCUCAAGCGGCGAUGUUACAACAAAAGAUUUGCCAUGCAUGCACGAGGGCCAACUUAUCCUUCACGGCGAAACCAUUCAAAUGACUGAGUGCUCGGCCUGUUCUUGUGACAACUCUACACUCAGCUGUAAAUUUGAAGUCUGCCCACCCUUGACAUGUCGGAACAGGACCAAGUUUGAGGGUAUUUGCUGUAAAGCUUGCCCAUACAAUGUAACGAUCACGGAUGUAGAACCAAAGCUUGCCGGAGAUGCCACCAUUCAGGAAGGAAUUGAGAAUGAGCUCCCCGUCGAUCUCGAUGUGACGUACUUAUUCAAUCCAGAAGCUACAAGUGUAUUCGGCCAGGGUCUGUGGACAACGAAAAUGUGGAUGAGUGACAUGGAGGAUGGUUCCAAUGAGCUCUCAGGUACUGUCGUUGAAGAAGUUUUGACUGAAGGACAACAGUCACAAGACUUGAAGAAGAAUGCGGCGAGACCCGUGUUCGGAAUUGAAGAUAUCAGGUACCGCUUUAACUUGAAGGACCACAAGUGCGCCGAUGCCAAGUAUCUCUGUGCCAAAUUCAAUAAGGGGCCCAACCCUGAAGUUGAGCGAUCCUACUUGACAUUCCACUUUAGAGCCUUACCCUCGGAGGAGGUCCUUACUGGGUGUACUGCAAUAGAGGAUUGCAGAGGAGCCGCCGUUGUGCAGGUUAACAAUGUGGAGCCAUCAGUACCAGGAGGUCCUGUUAUAAAGGAGGGUAAUGUCAACAACAUCGACGUUGAUCUGGGCAUCGACUACGUCAACAACGAACAGACCACCGAUGUCUCUGGCCAAGGCCUGUGGACAUCCAAGAUGUGGGUGAGUAGCUCUAGCGACGGUGGUUCUGUACUCUCUGGCACUAUGCAAGAAGAGGUCCUGACAGAAGGUAUGCAGUCACAGGCCCUGACAAAAGACUCUUCCAAUCGGAUGAACUUCAGGGGUGUUCCUUACCGGAUGGACUUAACAGGAAAGAGCUGCAAGGAGGCCAAGUUUAUCUGCGCUAAAUUCAACCAGGGAAAAAAUCCUCAGCUUGACAAAAGAUACACUGACUUUGAGUUUGAAGGUGUGCCAACUGAGAAGGCCCUGACUGGAUGUGCUCCUCUUGAAAACUGCCAGGGGGUUACAUUCACCAACAUGAACUGGGACCGUGAGCUGGGCCAGGUGCAGUAUGGAGUACCCACCCCGAUGACCAUCUCAGCUGAUGUCUCCACCACCCCAGACAGUCCAUCAGUUGAUGGUUCCGGCCUGUGGAAGAUGAACCUCUUCGGCAGUAGAAGCAUGGACGGUUCCGGGGACAGGGUCGCUGAACGUUCUCAGAUUCUCGACAGCUUCAACCAGGCUAAACCACUGCUUGACGGCAGAACUCCGAUCGAGUUCUCUGAUAUCGGCACAAACUUCCCCAUGGAGGAGCUUGGAUGUGGGGAGGUCAACUAUUUGUGUUUGGAGUUCACCAAGGGAGACAAAGCCAAACCUGACUACUCAUUUGGAACACAAAGUGGAGACGAGUCUAUCAUCAACUGCAAAGAAGAAGACUGUCGAGGAGUGGAAAUAACUGGUAUGGAGUGGUCUCGUGAGCCCGGUCAGGUUCAGGCUGGUGUCCCGACUCCACUAUCGAUAGCUGCUGAUGUUUCCUUCACCCCGGAGAGCCCAAAGCUUGAAGGAACCGGCCUGUGGAAGAUGAAUCUGUUUGGCAGUCGCAGCAUGGAUGGCUCUGGCGACAGAGUGUCCGAGCGAUCUCAAAUACUGGACAGUUUCAACCAAGCGAAGCCACUGCUCGAUGGAAGCACGCCGAUCGAGUUCACAGAUAUUGGAACCAACUUCCCAAUGGAAGAACUUGGAUGUGGUGAUGUGAACUAUCUCUGUCUUGAACUGACUAAAGGAGAUUACCCAAACCCAAACUACCCAUUUACCACAAGUUCGGGUGAAGAUUCAAUCAUUAGCUGCAAGGAAGAAGAGUGCAGAGGUGUAUUUGUGUCUGGUGUGGACUCUACUCUCAUCAGCGCUGACCUUUAUGAGGGUAAAGAAAUUAACCUGGUCCAGUUCGAUACCAUUGUCCAGACUACAGAUGAGAGCUCUCCUAUCGUCGGUCGCAACAUGUGGCGUCUGAACCUCUACGGCAGCGAGAGAGAAAACGGCCAGGGUCCACGCUACAGCGAGCAAGAGCAGGUCCUCUCCGACUACUUCAGCAGCCGUGAGCUGAUGAACCCAGGGGACACUCUGGACUUCCGCACCAUCAACACGGAGUAUGACAUGACGGAUCUUAACUGCAAAAAGGUUAAGUUCUUGUGUACUGAGUUCAGCCGUAAUCCAAGUUCUUCAGAGAUGUUUGAGUUGACUCCAGUUCCCAACGAGAGUGUCCUUAGAGACUGCAUGGAUGUCCCGGAGGAAUGGUGUAAUGGUGUAAUUAUUGAUGACAUGGACUGGAACAUGGAGGUGAUGACUGAUAAGGUUCUCCAAGGCCGCCCAACACCCGUUAGAUUCGACGUAGAUGUUGAACCAAGACCAAAUGCAGGUAGUGCCAGUGGAGAUGCCCUCUGGCGUGUAGGCGUGUAUGGUGCAACCCGUCCCGAUGGUAAGGGCCCCCGAAUCGGCCAAAAGCGGCAGUUCCUGCCACAAGACAUGUCAGGUCGUGACCUCACCGCCGGACAGACGCUUACUUUCUCGGAUGUGGAUACGGAGUUUGACCUGACCUCAGUGGGCUGUGAGUCUGAAUACCAGUACCUGUGUAUUGAGUAUGCCAAGGGUCUGCGUGCCCAGCCAGACUUCAAGUUCAAAGCUGCUGACGGGAAAGAUGAAGUCACACGGUGUAAGAAGCAACCAUGCCGCAGGGGUGUUAUGGUUGAAGGGCUUGAUGUGAUGGGUAACGAUUAUUCAGUCAUGAAAGAGAAUGAACCCUACAAUCGCGUCAUGUUCGACCUGACCGCCUUGACUACUCCGGACAGUGGGGGUGCUGAGGGAGAUGGCCUGUGGGACCUUAACCUGUACGGCAGCAACAACGAGAACGGUGUCGGCCGACGAUUCAACGAGCAGCAGGGAGUGUUCAACAACUACCAGAAGGGCAAGGAUGCCUUCCCCGGUGAGAAUAUUGACUUUGGCAUGGUGGACACCAACUUCAACAUGAGGGGUUUGACUUGUAAGGAUGUGCGCUACCUCUGUGCCGAGUUGGUCCAGGGCGACAGACCAAGUCCACCAUUUGAGUUCACCCCUGUACCCGAUCAAAGUGUUCUGAAGAAAUGCUUCCGCCAGAAGUGUGACGGUGUAACGAUCGACAGCACCGAUUUAAGAGGAGAGGAUUUCACAGUUGAUGAGAACACCAACGAGAUUGAAUUUGACGUGAACGUGUACGCCAACCCGAACAGCGGUGAUGCCUCCGGCAGGAACUUAUGGAGGUUGGAGACGUUCAUCGCCAAUACCCCAAAUGGAGACGGCAAUCGUAGGAUGCUGGACCGUCAGACACUCACACCAGAGAUGGGGAGUCGGGACCUCAAGUCAGGGAACCGAUUAGUGUUUAAUAACCUGGCAGCCCGCAUCAACAAAGAUGAUGUGCCGUGUGAGGAGGGAGGUGGCUACCUAUGCGUAGAGCUUUCCCGUGGGGAUAACCCAUCCAUGGAUUACACAUUGAAUGGAGCAAGAGAGGACUCCUUGAAAAAGUGCCGGAAAUUGAAAUGCGCCAAAGCACAAGUGGUCGAAAAGGGACCUCCAGGUAACAAGGGAUAUCCAGGGGAGCCAGCUCAAAUCCCGGCUGAAUUGAUGCAGGGACCUGUAGGAGUUCCAGGCCCAUCUGGACCUCCGGGCACUUCUGGACCCAAAGGAUAUCCGGGUAUGAUGGGAUCUCCUGGAAUGAAGGGACCAAAUGGAGACUAUGGACCUAAUGGAUACCCAGGUGUACCAGGCGGUCCUGGUCCACCAGGACCCCCCGGUGAGGCUAUUGCUCCCACAUAUCAGCAAGCUCCCAGCAAUAAGAUGGCCCAAGCACCUCGGCAAGUAGUGCAGGGACCCCCGGGACCAGUUGGUCUCCCCGGCAAGGCAGGUGAACGGGGUGCUAUGGGAAUGAGAGGCCAGGCUGGAGAUUCAGGACCUGUUGGUCAAUCCGGACCCUCUGGACCAGCAGGACCACGAGGAGAAGAAGGUGACGACGGCAGAGACGGAAGUGAUGGAAGUACUGGGUCUGUCGGAGCACCUGGUGCCCUGGGAGGACAGGGUGCAAGUGGAAGGCCUGGAGCUCCUGGCCAGCAAGGUCACAAGGGCUGGAGGGGUGGAAGGGGUGCUAAGGGGCUUCGUGGGGACAACGGUGAGUUCGGUGACAGCGGUAAUGCUGGAGCAACUGGCCCGGCUGGAGCCGUUGGUGCUAGAGGUGAGAGUGGUGCCCAAGGAGAGAGGGGAGAGCGUGGAGCUCGUGGAGUUGUUGGUACAGCUGGACAAGAUGGUUCUGAUGGGGAUGUUGGUAAUGCUGGACCAGUUGGUGCAUCAGGUAUCAUGGGCCCUAUGGGUCAAAAGGGACACAAGGGUGUGACAGGAGAACAGGGUGAAAGUGGUCUGCAAGGAAUCGCAGGUCUCCGUGGUGAGAGCGGUGCAGAUGGUGCUCCAGGUCAGACUGGUGCUGCUGGAUUUGCCGGAAAAGAUGGUGAGGCUGGAGCCACUGGUGACAUGGGAGCUGCAGGAGCCAAUGGAGGUGCCGGCAUGACAGGUGCACGAGGCCCAGCGGGAAGCCGUGGUGCCGCUGGUGUCGCUGGUGAGGUCGGACAACAAGGCUACGCUGGACUUCAGGGUUCCCGUGGUAACGCUGGCGCUCAGGGAGCAAGGGGAGCUGUUGGUCCAAGCGGUGAGGCCGGUUCAGAUGGAAGCGAUGGUCGAGAGGGUGAGUCUGGCCCCACUGGUCCAGCUGGUGCUCGUGGAUCCACUGGCGCUCGUGGAGGGGUUGGUUCACCAGGUCCUUCUGGCCCAGGUGGCAUGAUUGGCAUGCAGGGUAACACUGGAGCCCAAGGAGCUAUUGGAGCACCAGGAGAGAAGGGAGAUGGAGGUCGUCCUGGACGAACUGGUGAUGCUGGAGUGCCUGGACAAAUGGGUGCACAAGGAUCAGAAGGCCGUGAUGGAAAUGCAGGCAAGCCAGGACCAACAGGACCAGGUGGAAAUGAUGGCAAACCAGGACCCCCAGGUUCAUCGGGACUUCAAGGAGCAAGAGGAACCCCUGGCCUGCCAGGAGCACCAGGAGCAACUGGAGAAUCUGGUAGGAGAGGAUCUGCAGGUGCCCAAGGGCUUAGAGGACCAUCUGGAGAUGUAGGCGGAGACGGACCCCAGGGUAUUGCAGGACCCACUGGAGCACAAGGUUCACGCGGUGAUUCUGGACCUCAAGGAUCUCAGGGACCUGGAGGACCAAACGGACAAAUGGGACUUACCGGAGCACGAGGAGCCAAGGGAAAGAGAGGAGUUCCAGGAGUCGCAGGAUCAGCUGGCCAAGCCGGACCCCAAGGAAUGUCGGGAGACCGUGGAGCCCCAGGAGCCAUGGGCGUAGCUGGAGCUCCAGGAUCUGAGGGAGAGACUGGUGUAGAUGGACGCGACGGAUCAUCUGGUGCUCCUGGUACAAAGGGAGCAUCCGGAGACGUUGGACGUAUUGGCAUACCUGGUCUUCCAGGAGCCCCUGGUGAUCGUGGAGGUGUGGGACAAAUGGGCAUCUCUGGUGCUCCAGGAUCACAAGGUGCAAGUGGUAGACGUGGAGAAGCUGGCUCAGCUGGAUCAAGGGGAUCCCCAGGACCACCUGGACCAGCUGGAUCAACUGGACUCAGCGGAGAGCCGGGAGAUAUUGGCCGAUCUGGAAGAACUGGUCCCCCAGGACCCAAGGGAAAUCCUGGAGAGAGAGGAACUUCAGGGCAGCGUGGAGCUCAGGGUAUCCAAGGUGGACAGGGACCACAAGGAGUUGUCGGAGGCCGUGGAGAGAAGGGACCCAGAGGUUCUGUCGGUGAGGCUGGAGUCCAGGGUAGCUCUGGCGCAACUGGACGACCCGGACAAGCAGGAGCAGCUGGAGCCCAAGGAGCACGUGGAGAGGCCGGCUCACAAGGAGCUGUUGGACCUGGUGGAAACAACGGAAUGCCUGGACCCCCCGGACCAUCUGGAGUUCCUGGUGCAAGAGGAGAGGUCGGACCUGCUGGCUCCAACGGCAGAACCGGACCAACUGGAUCACGUGGAACACAGGGAGUGAAGGGUUCCACUGGUAUCCGUGGUAUCUCAGGACCUCAAGGACAAACGGGAUCUUCAGGAGACGAUGGUAGAGAUGGUGCUACAGGACCUGCUGGAUCAGCUGGUUCUCCUGGACCAUCUGGCAUAAUUGGAGGACUUGGAAGCAUGGGAUCUAUGGGAGCCCCUGGACCUGCUGGUGCUGCUGGACGUCCCGGUGCUGAUGGAUCUGAUGGUAAGCGUGGAGCAGCCGGUCAACAGGGACCUGGUGGACACAUGGGAGCACAGGGUAUCAAGGGACCCACAGGACCAAGGGGAUCAAGUGGUCGUGAUGGAGACACUGGACCACAGGGAGCUCAGGGACCUAGUGGACCCACCGGUGAUAAGGGAAAUGCUGGUGCCCCAGGAGCCAUGGGAGCUAGAGGAAUGAAUGGACCUGGAGGAGCCGCUGGUGCCAAGGGAGAGCGUGGACCUCGUGGACCCGCUGGCCCCGCUGGUGUACGUGGCAGUGCUGGACCUGAUGGUGCUAUGGGAGCUGCUGGGCCUGCUGGACCCGCUGGAGCUAGAGGAGAAACUGGGGCUACUGGAAUCACGGGCCACAAGGGAUGGAGCGGCGGCCCAGGAACGCCAGGACCAGCAGGACCUCCGGGCCAAGCUGGUGGACGUGGCCCCAAUGGAAGACCAGGACCCUCAGGACCUGCUGGUCUUGACGGACCAAGCGGCAGAAAUGGAAAGUCUGGACAACAGGGACCUCGUGGUAUGUCAGGACAAGGUGGAUCCCGUGGAUCUGAUGGACGCUCUGGACCCGCUGGGCCCCCAGGACCCCCCGGCCCAGCUGGAGCCCCUGGAGCCCUCAGUUAUUCACAAGGAUACUCUGCACCAGCAGGUGUCAGUGGCAACAAGGGACCCAACCCAUAUAGUUCAUACUAUGGAGAUGAUGCCGAGAUUGAUGAGGAUGACUUUGAGAGCCGUAUCAAGCAGCUCCGUGUACGCAUGAUGAAGUUGAUGCAUCCUAACGGUGAGGCAGACUACCCCGCCCGCUCCUGCAAGGAUCUCUUCAAGAACUACCCAGUAUUGCCCGAUGGUUAUUACACCCUGGACCCAAGCGAAGGCUCCUCAUAUGACAAGUUCACCGCAUACUGCGUCAAGAAGACCAACGCCACCUGCGUCUUCCCAGAGAGGCAAGAGAUCCCUAAGGCAACCUAUUACCUAGGUUCCCAUGAAGACCCGAUUGCUUUCUCAAAGAUGCUCAAUGGCUCAGCGAUCACUUACAGCGUUAAGCCCGUUCAGUUGACCCUCCUGCGUCUCAUCUACUCCCAAGCCAAGCAGAAUGUCACGUACCACUGCAGAAACUCCAACGCUGUCCUAGACCGUGAUGGUAGAUCCAGCAAGGCUCUUACCCUGGUAGGACCCCAAGGUGUACAAAUGAGCAUCAAGAGUACAAAGAACGACUUGCAGUACGAAGUAGAAGGAACAGACGAAUGCCGGGAGCAUGACGACGUUUGGAGAAAGACCACCAUUGUCUACACAACCAAGAAGACCGAACGUCUACCCCUCGUUGAUGUUGCUGUGAAGGACGUCGGAGAAAGCAACCAACAAUUUGGAAUAAAUGUCGGUCCUGUCUGCUUCUCAUAAAAUUUUUUAAAAACUGCCUAGUGUUGACUCUAUUGCAGUGAAGAGCACGAUUAUUGCAGCAAGUAGUUCAUAGGGAAGACUUUAUUAUAGGGUCAGUGUGUUGGUUCUUCCUGCUUUUACAGAGUCACAUUUUUAAAAACUGCUUUUAAAAUUAAACUUGAUCAACUUUAGGUCAGAGUUGUACUGAUUGUCAUGGUGCUGUUUUAUUACGACUAAAAUAUUGAAAUGUUUUGUACGAAAAUGCAUAUUGUGAAAAGAAUAGGUGCUAAUUACCACUUAGAUUUUGUGUCUGCAGAGAAGAGAGUUUUCAAGGGAAAGUACUUUUGUUUUGUUUCAGGGGUGGGGAGUAAAAAAAACUUCCAUCCUGUGGUUUAAAAAAGAAAAAAAACCCAAAAAAACAACCAACCUGUGAAGAAAUAAUUGUAAAUUGAACCCCAGCUUAGUGAGGGAUUUUGUGCUAGUUCUCAAAGGCCGUUCUCACUUUGAUUGUAGCAACACUGAUGUAUGUGGUCUUCAAAAUGUGGUUUCCCCUUGACUUUGGUACUAUUUCUGAUGGGGAUGAUUGAAGGAGGACUUGUACCGUUGUAGUACGUGAUAAUCAGUGAGCUUUCAGUUUACAAAUCUUAUACAUUGUCUUGAAUGGAAAGAAAAUGCAGAUUGUGUAUUUUGUUCUGUAGUUUAAUGGAAAACAAAAUCUCCCUAUAGUGCAAAGAGAAGAAAUUUGUAUUCAUGUUGUUUGCUUUUGCACAAUAUAUAAAAACAAUUUUAAACAAUGAAGCAUUUUACUCGGACAAAAAUCAGUUAUUAGUCUCUAUGUGCCCUUAUUGGAAUACACUAUACAGACAGAUUUACCCUUCUUCUUAAGAGUUUAACUAUGGAAUAAAUUUCUUUCACUAUUUGUUAUUAGAGAUAUGAUGAAAAUCCAUUAAAGUUCUCUGUUUCCAAAACAAGAGGUUAAUUUUGGUUCAAUUUUAUAAAACUGGGAAGGAUUAACAAAAAAUGCUUUAAAAUGGACUUGCUGUGUGGAAAGUAGCAUGGUUCCAGUCAUGAGCAGUUUCACAGAGCAAGGUGUGUUUGUUGGCUGGUAACUUGUUUGUGUUUUGACACCAAUAACAUAGCCAUGUUGAGCAGUUUUGCCAGGAAUAGCAGUGCCAGGUAUACAUUGUGCUGGUUAUCGCCAGAGAUCCAUGAUCUGCCUGUAGAAUUGAUCACUUUUCAUGACCUGGUUGGAGUAGAACUGAGUGGUAAGCACCGCCAAGAAAUUGACUGUGCUUAGAAUAUUUUAUUGCUAAGCAAAACAAGUCACUCCACUCGCACCAACUAUUAACUUUAUGAUCUUUUGGCUGGUAAACAAUUUCUUCUGAGCAAGUUUUUGUUAUUUACAUAAUCAUCUUUUGUGUGCUUACAUGUUUUAUUAAAUCGGGCCAAGACAGGUCAUUAUGUUUAAUGUUAUCAAUAACUAGUAAACAGCCUUUUUGAAUACUUUUUGAAGUGUCCUCUCUUACCUUGGUGGUUUUUAUGCUCUUAGUUCUGCUUGUUCUUCGCUUCUGUGUCUGUGUUUGUAUUUUUUAAAUAAAAUAAAGCUUCCCUAUGUCAGAA